AACCGGCGGCAGUGAGAGCAGCUCCGGUUAGUUCAGACCGCCCUUUGAGGGCAGAAGAGAAAACACACCGCGGGGUUAACAUGAGCUGCGGGAACUCUGCGCACCUCACCGCGCAGGAAGCUUCUUUUCUCCGGGUGCGCACGAGGUGAUGCGCCCUGCCGGACUCGGCUCGGGUGUGUUACCGGAGAGGAUGGCGGAGCUGUGGAACACCACGUCCUCCUGGAACAGGUCCGCUGCGGGACAGGACCGGUUCAGCAGCCUGGAUGACAUCGACUUACCGGCGGACGGCUCUCCGACGCUGCGCAUCCUCAUCUCCAUCGUGUACUCGGUGGUGUGCGCCGCCGGGCUGGUCGGGAACCUGCUGGUGUUCUUCCUGAUGAAAGUGCGCCGGGGCAGGAAGAAACGCUCCAGCAUCAACCUGUUCAUCCUCAACUUGGCCGUCACGGACUUCCAGUUCGUGCUGACGCUGCCGUUCUGGGCGGUGGACACGGCUCUGGACUUCAGCUGGCCGUUUGGAAACGCCAUGUGCAAGAUCAUUCUCUCAGUGACGGUGAUGAACAUGUACGCCAGCGUGUUCUUCCUCACCGCCAUGAGCGUCACCAGGUACUGGUCGGUAGCUUCAGCACUGAAGGACCGGACGCGGCGGCGGGUGUGCCCGGUGCGCUGGGUGAUCGCUGGGCUCUGGGUCUCCGCCACCGUGGCCUCUUUGCCAACUGCAAUUUUCUCCACGGUGAAAAGUGUGGCCGGGGAGAGACUGUGCCUGCUGGGCUUCCCGGACGGCCAGUCGUGGCUGGCUCUUUAUCACCUCCAGAAGAUCCUGGUGGCCUUCGUGUUCCCCAUGCUGAUUGUGACCGUGUGCUACCUGCUGCUGCUGCGCUUCGUCCGCCUGCGCAGCAUGAACAACAACCAGGUGAAGCGGAGGUCCAGGGUGACCCGCUCCGUCACCAUCGUCGUCCUCUCCUUCUUCAUCUGCUGGAUGCCCAACCACGCCAUCACCUUCUGGGGCGUCCUGGUGAAAUUUAACGUGGUCAACUGGGAUAGGACCUACUACAUGGUGCACACCUACAUCCACCCGGUGACGGUGUGCCUGGCGCACACCAACAGCUGCCUGAACCCGGUGCUGUACUGCCUCAUGCGCCGGGAGUUCAGGAAGAAGAUGAAGGAUCUGUUCUGGAGGAUUUCCUCGCCCACCGGGACGAACCCCUGCCACCUGAGGCCGUUCUCUGGGACGGUGAGAGCGGAGCCGGACGACACGCAGAUCGUUAUCCCGCUGAAUAACGUGGAGACGGAGAACUGCAGACUGUCUGUUUUAACGGACCAGUGCGACACGGACGCGCUGAACAAAUAAAGCAAACUUUUAACUAAAGGACAAAAUCUUUUAAACCCGCUGACAUCCGCCUCUGAAUGAUAUUUGAAAUGAUUCGCCUCAAACUAACCACUCAGGUGAACACUGUGACUGUGUCACCCUUUCUCACAAUAAAGUUAUUUAUACUGCAAGUGUUGCUGGAGUUUUUACCUCUCUUGUUUAACGGAACCAGUUGGGCUCAUUAUUUUUGGAGAGCGCUUGUGCCAAAUCCAACACCGGACCGGACAAAUCAUUGCAGCUAUACGUGGCUUAUUAUAUGUUUCUGUCUUUGCAUCAAAGGGAUGUAUAUAUUUUAUCACAAUUUAAAGGUGUGAAGUAUAAAAGGAGUGAAAAUAACAAACGCGUGUAAAUUGCGCACCGGUGCGUAAAACCACCCAGCUGCGUUUCUGCUUCACUUGACUGCGCUGAGUCUCACUGGGAUCUGACACCACAGUGAUGCUGAGAUGUUUUGGGGAAGCUGACUCUUUGUUGUUUCUGUCCUAUAAAUGGAGUGCAGGCUCGGUGUCUCAUGCUGCUUUGUUCUCUAAAGUGCUCUCUGUGCAGACUUUAUGCUCCGAGGAGUCACAGUCUGAUCAUUGUGCUGCUGCAGGGAGAUUCCAGCUGCUGCUGCUGCUGCUGCCUCAAACAUCAUCCAGUGAAAUAUUGUUGACGUUUGUUGUGGCUGGUGUGUAAAAUGUUCCAACUUGAGUCAGUGAAUGUAAAAAAAAAAGUGCCAAUGCAACCUUAAAAACAAUGUUUGGAGAAUAAAAUAUUUAAUUUGUGUUGACGUUGACUGGAGUGUUUGUGC